GGCUUCGUUUUCACUGUCUUGCUCGGCAAGAAGGGACUGUGGCCAGAAAGAUAAAAAAUACCCCAAAGGAUUCGGAUUCUCCUUCAGUUCAUUCUUCACGGUCGGAAUACUUGAGGCUUUCGUUUGAAGCUCUAGGUUGCUGUGUCGAAGAUGUUCCUCACGAGGACUGAGUAUGAUAGAGGAGUGAAUACUUUCUCGCCGGAAGGCCGAUUGUUUCAAGUCGAGUAUGCAAUUGAGGCAAUCAAGUUGGGUUCAACUGCAAUUGGAUUGAAGACCAAGGAAGGAGUGGUGCUUGCUGUUGAGAAGCGCAUUACAUCGCCACUUUUGGAGCCUAGCAGUGUUGAGAAAAUUAUGGAAAUUGAUGAACAUAUUGGUUGUGCUAUGAGCGGGCUAAUUGCUGAUGCACGUACACUGGUCGAACAUGCUCGAGUGGAGACUCAAAAUCAUAGGUUUUCGUAUGGUGAGCCCAUGACAAUUGAAUCCACUACUCAAGCUAUCUGCGAUCUUGCAUUGCGAUUUGGGGAGGGAGACGAAGAAUCCAUGUCCAGGCCUUUCGGUGUGUCUCUCCUCAUUGCUGGCCAUGAUGAGAAUGGUCCAAGCUUAUACUAUACGGAUCCGUCUGGAACAUUCUGGCAAUGCAAUGCGAAGGCCAUCGGAUCAGGUUCAGAAGGUGCUGACAGCACUCUUCAAGAACAGUACAAUAAGGAUCUAACUCUCAAAGAAGCUGAAACCAUUGCCCUUUCCAUUCUGAAGCAAGUUAUGGAGGAAAAGGUCACACCAAAUAACGUUGAUAUUGCAAAGGUAUCACCAACGUACCAUCUUUACUCUCCUUCUGAGGUCGAAGAAGUUAUCAAUCGCCUAUGACUUAUGAGUCCUUGACUAAUAUCACCCGCCCCUGUCCACUGUGUCCCCAGCCAUCAGGUAUUUUCCUUGGCCGAAAUUCUCGGUAUUUCUGUGUUUGGACAUGUUUUUGUGCCUUGCUGAUACUCUUUAAAAGAUUUUAGUUGAACAAGAAAAUGCAUGUAUUUUGCUGAAUUUAUUCAGACUAAGCACCCUAUUCUCUAUUUCAGUCCUUUUUUUUCUGAUA